GAUAGGCUUAUUACUGAUGAAAGGUUCAAAAGCAAAGGAUUAAAAACAAAGAAAAAAAAAAUCUGAGUCUUCCUAUGAAGUGAAUAUGUUUUCACUGACCGAAGUUUGCAGGGAAAUAUGGUCAGGUACAAUCAUUUUACUGGUGUUUAUUCUUAAAACAUGUGGAUGGAUUAAAAGACACGCGGAUAGCAACAAUGGAGAUGAAGAGGGUGAUGGUUGUGGAGAUGUUUUUGAAAGCUCUUUGAAAUCCAACCCCGGAGGUUACCAACUGAUUUGUAAACCAUCAACUCUUGCCAACUGGCUACUGAGGGAUAUAAAACAUUUGUCACAAAUUGAAUCUUCUUAUUAUUGGCUGAUGACAUGGCCACAUCUCCAGACAAUCAUUCAGCAUGUUCUACCAGCUGACAGGACAUUGGAGUUGGCAAGGGACUUUCUCCAGAUGACAGAUGGUGGAAUAGUAGCCUUGGAUUGGGUGGUGGGACCUAGGCCCGCUUCGAAACCUAGGAGAGGCACAAAUGCAAUAAGUAACCCACCUUUACUACUGGUUAUUCCCAAUACCUUUGGGAGGCUGACCAGAAAUAUCCAGCAACUUUGUUUACUGGCUUUAGAAAAAGGAUAUUACCCAAUCAUUUUUAACAGGAGGGGACAAAACAAUUGCCCACUAACUACUGUAAAAUUUCAGCCAUUUGGGGAAACUGCAGACUUAAAGGAGGCUGUCAGUUAUGUGCGUUACAGGCAUCCAUCUUCCAUGCUCUUUGCCGUGAGUGAGGGCCUGGGAUCGGGACUACUCCUCUCCUAUCUAGGAGAGUGUGGAUCGUCUAGCUAUCUCACAGCCGCAUGCAGUAUAUCUCCAAUUUUCCGUUUUCAGGAGUGGUUUGAUAAUGGUCUGCCGUGGUUAUAUGAAUGGAUUGUGCUCCUGUAUCAAAAAGUGAUUCUCAGCAGAUACUCUACGGCUAUUGCAGAAGUUUUGCCAGCUGAGAAGAUUUUUGCUAGCAGCUCACUGCGAGAACUUCACAAGACACUGUUUUGCCAAAGCAAGACUGAGACAACCAGCUGGGAUUACUACUGGGAGUGUAACGACCCUCUGAGUGAUGUGGAUGAAGUUGCCAUCCCUAUUUUGUGCAUUUGUAGCAAAGAUGAUCCAAUACGUGGGCGUCCGGAGAGCACACUUCCGAUCGAGCUUUUUCGGACAAACCCUUACUUUUUUCUACUGCUGACAAAGUAUGGUGGACACUGUGGUUUUCUGAAUGGGGCACCCGUAGCAUGGAGUCAUGAAGUUACUUUAGAGUACUUCAGAUCUGUUACAGAAUUUUUUCGAACAGAAGAAAAAACAAGGGGACUCACAAGGAAUCGGGGCACCAAUAUGUUAAACAGGCGGAGGAGACCAACACUACAAAAACGCGAAACAUCAUACACAGGCCUUGAAGAGAUAUUUAACUGGAAAAGAUCAUACACUAGAUAAUGAGCA